CAAAACUCAACAGAAACAAUAGCACCAACCGGUACGGCAUGUUUUCGAAAACAAAAAUUCUCUCUCUUCUGACUCUACUUCUUCUCUUCACACCUCAACUCUCUCUGCAAACCCAACCCACCAUAUGCAUCAUCGGCGCCGGCAUGGCCGGCUCCUCCCUCGCCCAUUUCCUCCGCCGUUACUCUCCGCCCACCACUCCCCACCCCCCUCACAUCCACAUCUUCGAGCGAAACGGCGUCGUCGGAGGCCGGAUGGGCACCGUCACUAUCUCCAACCACACAUUCGAAGCCGGCGCCUCAAUCCUCCACCCGAAGAACUACCACGCUGUAAAUUUCACAAAGCUUCUGAAUUUAAAGAUCAAACAGCCAUCCUCUUCCGACGAAUCCAACUCUUUCGGGAUUUGGGACGGCGAGCAAUUUGUGUUCAAGACGUUGAGUGUUGACUCCAAGGUCCCGUUUGUGCAAAAGAUUGUGUCUUUUGCAAAUUCUGUUUAUAUAUUUAUGAGAUAUGGGUGGUCGUUGUUGAAGAUGCAGAGUUUUGUGGAUAGUGCUGUGGGCAGGUUUUUGAAAUAUUAUGAAAGUUUGGAAAGGAGGCCGGUUUUUGAGAGUGUGGAUGAGAUGCUGAAGUGGGCUGGUUUGUAUAAUUUGACUACUAGAAGUUUGAGGGAGGAAGUGGGUGAUGUUGGGUUGACUCGGUUGUUGACUCAGGAGCUUGUCACUGUCAUCACACGAAUCAAUUAUGGUCAAAGUAUCGACAUCAGUGGACUUGCUGGUGCUGUUUCCUUGGCAGGAUCUGGCGGAGGAUUAUGGGCUGUUGAAGGGGGAAACUGGCAGAUGGCAGCUGGGCUAAUUAACCGUUCAGAUGUUGCACUGCACCUCCAUGAAGAAAUAGAAUCUAUCUCGUACCUUGGAGGUUACUAUGAGCUUAACUCCACUAAAGGAAACAGUUACACUUGUGAGGUAACUGCGGUCGCCACACCACUGGAUGAGUUGAAUCUACGUUUCAGCCCUCCAAUUUUAAUCCCGGAGAGGAAACUACAGCACACACAUGCCACUUUUGUGAGAGGCAUUUUGAAUCCUGUAUAUUUUGGCCUGGAUGAUGUUUCAAAAAUUCCAGAUCUGGUGGGCACAAUAGAGGAUCCUGACCUUCCAUUGACGAGCAUUUCAAUUCUGAAGCGACAUGGUGAAAAAGACAUCAGUUACAAGAUAUUCUCUCGUAAACCAAUGGCAGAUUCAUUGUUAGAUGACAUCUUCAGUGCAAGGAGGGAGACAAUUCGCAUAGACUGGGGUGCCUACCCACAUUACACAGCUCCUGAGGUAUUUGCACCGUUCAUUUUGGAUGGUCAACAUUUGUACUAUGUUAAUGCUUUUGAGAAUGCUGCUAGCACCAUGGAGACAAGUGCUGUUGCAGCUGAGAACAUUGCACGGCUCAUUGUGUCAAGAUUUUUUGGCAGCGAAUCAUUGUGCUCAUCAAACUUGAAGAGCUUCAGCUUUGAUGGUGAAGAACUGCACGUUGAUUUGUGAUUCAUAUAUAUUGAUCAAUGAAUCAAUAUGGAUGUAUAAAAUGUUGUAUAAUGGAAAUCAAACGUGAAGAAAGGAAACAGUAUUUGCAUACUUAAAAACAAUUUGGCCCUUGACUAUUCUGUGGGCAUAUCAUGUUAGUUGCCGUUUGAAAGGAACAAAAGUGUUAGGGUUGUUUGUGAUAAUUUUUGACAUCAUUAUGUCUAAAAUAUUUUAUUUAACAAAUUAUAAUUAUGAGGGUGUUUUGGUUU